AUGCUGACCGCCGGGCCGCCCCAACGCGCGCGCCGCGCCACACAUUCGUCGCCCAGCCCAAGCAUGCCUCUCCCACAGCCCGUCGUCGCCGCCGCCGCCGACGAUGCGUCGAGCGAUGCCGCAUCAGCGUCGUCAUCGUCUUCAUCGUCUUCAUCGUCGUCGUCACCAUGCGAGGCCAUCAGCCUCGUCGUUCCCGCGGCCGCGCGCCAGCACCGCCUCGCCGCGCGCCCGCCGCCGCCCACCGACGACGACGACGAUGGCGGCGAGCAACAACAAUCGUUGCGAGGGCGCCGGCGCCGGCGGUUCUCGUUCGUGUCGUCGACCGACGCGCUGCAGGGCCGGCGCGCGGCGAUGGAGGACUCGCACAUCUCCAUCGAUGACCUGGCCCGCUACUACCCCGACCUCUUCGCGCCCUUCCAGCGCCGCGGCCUCCCCAACGCCCUCUACGGCAUAUAUGACGGGCACGUGGGCAAGAGGGCGUCGGCGUUCGUGUCGGACACGCUCCACGAUCGGAUCUGCCGCGACCCGGCCUUCCCCGCCGCCACCCUCCUGCCCCUCCUCCUGCCCGCCGAAGCCGAAGAAGAAAAGAUUGAAGAAAAGAAAGAAGAGAACAAGCCGGACGAGGAAAAGGAAAAGGAAAAGGAAGAAGAGCAGCAGAAGGAAAAGGACGACAGCAAGGAAGAGGAAAAGGAAAAGGAAGAGGAAAAGGAGCGAUCGGGCUGCGACGGGGCUGCGACGGCGGCGACGGCGACGACGGUGGAGCAGGUGACCGACGGCAUAUGCCGCGCCAUGGAGGCCGGCUUCCUCCAGACCGAUCGGGAGUUCAUCGAGAGGUCGCAGGACGCGGUGCGGGAGGAAAAUCGGUGGAAGGACGGCAGCACGGCGGUGGUGGCCCUCCUGCUCGACGCGCACCUCUUCCUGGCCAACCUGGGCGACUCCGAAGCCCUGCUCGGUAAGCGCGAGUAUAACCGGAGCACCGGCGCGUGGGAGGAGUCGUUCGAGGUCCUCUCGGAGAUCCACAAGCCCACCGUGCCGGCAGAGCGAGCGCGCAUCGAGAAGGAGGGCGGGUUCAUCAUUGGCGGCCGCGUGGGCGGCCUCUCCAUCUCCCGCUCUUUCGGCGACCGGAACAUGAAGCUGCCAAUCGAGGAGGAUGGGUUCUGGCACGGGGUGCUGGUCGACCCGCACCCGCAUGUCAUGUACCGGAAGCUCGUCCCCGCCUCGGACUGCUUUCUCCUCCUGGGGUGCGACGGCGUGUGGGAGAACUGGUCCCACCAGGAAUCGGUGGAGUUUGUGUUUGAGAAGCUCGACGAGGGGCUCAACGUGGACGAGCUCACCGAGGCCGUCACGAGGCGAGCCCACGCCAAGGGCUCCCAGGACAACAUCUCUGCCACGAUCCUCCUCUUCCGGUGGGCUGAGGCGUGA